GACAAAUCUCCGUUCUUUCUUACCUUACCUUACCAAUUUCUUCCCUUCCCAUCCCUUCGUCUCCACGCAAACUCGCUCCCCAAUUCCUUACUUCAUACCCACUUUGCUGCAAAAUUCUCUGCUCCAAUCAGUAGAAGCUCGGAAUGGCGUACGUGGAUCAUGCGUUUUCGAUAUCGGAUGAAGAUUUAAUGAUGGAUUCGUCGCACGCCGUGGAGAACCGGCCACCAGUCAAGGAGAUCGGCCUCUCCGUUGCACUCUUCGUCUUUGGCGCGCUCGGUAUUGUCGUCGGAAUCUACAUGGCUGCCAAUCGAAUCGGCGGCGACCGCGCGCACGGGUUGUUUUUUGCUGUAUUGGGUGGGAUUCUGUUCAUCCCAGGAUUCUAUUACACAAGAAUUGCCUACUAUGCUUACAAAGGGUACAAAGGCUUCUCCUUUUCUAACAUUCCUCAAGUUUAAUACUUAACUAAGAAUGAAUAUUGUUAUGUACAUAUUUGGCUGGCAUUUGUAUCAUCUUUGCUUCUUUGUCGUUUCUGUUUAGUGAUGAUGAGUCUUCUUUUGUAAAGAAAGCCAAACAAAUAUUGCAAUGCUGUAUAUUUGGGGCAUAAUUACUACCUGGUAAUGGUUGAUGGGAAAGAGAAUUUUUA